CAAAACCUAGGUUUUUAUUUCUUCCUUGCCGCCGUCUCUCAAUCGCGCACGAGGUGCCGUUCACCGCUCGAUCGGCUGGCGUCGCCACCUGCGGCCGGCAGUCGGCGUUGCUCCGCUGUCCUUGCGAACAGCCAACGCUGGUGCCCCAUUUCUUGUCCUCCCCCUUCACCACGCACGCGCGCGCGCGGCGUUGUCACCGCAGCCGCCACCUCGGGCCGACCACUGGCGAAGCCCCUUCGUCCAGGCGAGCAGCCAACUCCGGUGACUCUUUCCUCUUCUCCCCCGUCGCCACCACCUGACGUCGCUGUGUCUGAGCAGCCGCGUGCUGCCGUGCUAGUCGCCGCCUCCAUCUUAGGUCUCCUCGCCGGCGAACGUCGCCGGAGGCCGCCGCUGCCAUACCAUCGUCAAUUCGAGUUACUCCGGAACCCCGACAGCCACAGCCGGUGCCGGUCACCGCCGUCAUCAGCGCAACGCUCGCUGCCGUAGCCGAACAGUGGGCGGCAACAGCAAUGGGCGGAAAGGGGCAGCGACGGAGGGAGAAGAAUUACAGAGCCGCUCAUGGUGGUGAAACACGGCUUCCUCCUCCUCCCAGCUUGAAAGAGUUAGAUGUUUUUCCCUUCAAGCUCCGCAAAAUCAUGGAGCUCAAGAACGAGAACUUCUUUGCCGUCAAGCAAGGGCACGCAUCAACGUCCAAAGGCAGCGGAGGCCAGAAGAGAAAGCCAGUAAGUGACUGUGUCUCUGAGAAGAACAAGAAAUUGAACAAAAAUGAGUCUUCAUCAACAACAAGUUCUGUAAACAAAGAGGGCAUCCCGGCAAUAAAGGAAGACCAUUUAAAUAGUAAUGAUGCAAUUAAAACUCAAUUUUUAAAUGGUGAGGAAAAGGAGAAACGAAAAAGAAAGGUGCCUAAGGACCUACGCUUUGUGGACAUGGAUCAAGUUGCUGGUGUCUCAAGGAAGAAAAAACGCAAAGAUUAUUUAGAGGCAAAGAAGAAGAAAAACAAAAGACCUAAAAUUGAUGAUGUUCGGGACUUUCCUGGUCGCGAAGAGAUAGUGUUUGGUGAAGUUAUUCAAGCUCCGCCUAAACUAUCUGUUCCCAAGAGAUCCACAAAAGGACCUCUUGAUGCUUUUCAUGAAAGAGUAAGAUUGGAAACAAUUGAAGCUUACAGAAAGCAGAGAGGAUGGGAAUCCAGGCCUGGUGUCCAUAUUCCUAUGCCGGAAAAUCCAUCCACAUGACAUUGGUUGGGGGCAUUUAGCAGUAUCUCAUUAGAAAUUUAUAGAUAGCUGAAAAGGUUUCGACCAACGGAGCUUAAUGAUGAUCAUAUGGCAUGAUGAGAUUGUUUCUAUAGGGUUGAAAGUUACCAGGAAUGUACUUCUGAUCAUUUGUCCUGCAAUAUUAUCUUUAUGCCUUUGCGACUAAUUAUUAAACUUUUGUACUAGCGAAUUGUUUGGUUUGUAUCAUCUUUGUCUAAUUAAGUUUAUUGAACUUGCGUGGGGUGAUCUUCAUAUCUGUUAAAAGAAUGAUCUUGUUUCACAAUCUGUAUACAACCUACUAGAUCUGUGUUGUUAUA